AUGCAUACAAACUAUAAGCCAUACAAAUGUAAUUACAGUGAUUGUCAUAAAUCGUUCAAAAGUUUGGGAAAUUUAGUAGAUCACAAAAAUAGCGUACAUUUAAAUGUGAGAUAUGUAUGCGAUUGGAGUGAAUGUCGCAAACAGUUGACAACAAAACAGCAUUUAAAUCGACACAAAAGUGCUGUUCAUUUGAAUGAAAGAAAAUUCAAAUGUAAUGAAGAAAAUUGUGGCAAAUAUUUCGCUCAAAAAGUGGGACUCAUUCAACACAAAAUCACUCAUUCGUGCGAAAAGCCGUUUGUUAGUUUAAAAAGUUUAAUAAUCAACACAAAUCGUGAGGCAUUUAUUCGCAACAAAUAUUAUCGCUGUUUUUGGCCUAAAUGUAGCUAUAAAUGCGUUAAUAUGACAAUUAUGAACGCCCAUUAUAAAAUGCAUACAAACUAUAAGCCAUAUAAGUGUAAUUACAGUGAUUGUCACAAAUUGUUCAAAUUUCGUUCACAUUUAGUUCAUCACAAAUAUACUGUUCAUAUGAAUGCGAGAUAUGAAUGCGAUUGGAGUGAAUGUCGCAAACAGUUGACAACAAAACACUCAUUACUUGAACACAAAAGUGUCGCUCAUUUGCAUGAAAAGAGAUUCAAAUGUAAUGAAGACAAUUGUGGCAAAAGUUUUGCAACAAAAUCAAACCUAAUUCGACACAAAGUGAUACAUUCGGGCGAAAAACCAUUUGUUUGCCAUCGCAAUGAUUGUCACAAAAACUAUAAGCCAUUCAAAUGUAAUUACAGUGAUUGUCAUAAAUCGUUCAAAAAUUUGGGCUAUUUAAUAACCCACAAAAAUAUCGUUCAUUUAAAUGUGAGAUAUGUAUGCGAUUGGAGUGAAUGUCGCAAACAGUUUACACGAAAAGGAAGUUUAAAUCAACACAAAAGUAGUGUUCAUUUGAAUGAAAGGAAAUUCAAAUGUAAUGAAGAAAAUUGUGGCAAAAGUUUUCAAACAAAAUCAAAUCUAAUUCAACACAAAAUCAUACAUUCGGGCGAAAAGCCGUUUGUUUGCCAACAAAAUAAUUGUCACAAAAGUUUUACAACCAUAUCAGACCUGUAUCGACACAAACGCUUACAUUUGCGUUAA